AUGAUUAGAUUAUUUUCAAAAUCUACUUUUUUUAAUGGAAUUAAUUUCACAAAAUCUAUUUCAUCACCUUCAGUUAGAUAUAUUUCAAAUAAUAGUCCAACAUCUGAAUCACCAAAGAUACUAGAAUACAAAAGAACUAGGGUUCAAGUAAUAAAUGCACAUAAUGAAAAAUUUAAAUUUUCAUUUAUUAAUUUAACCAAAGCAGCAAAUUUUUCAAAAACAAAACAUAAUCUAUCAAUUUCAGAUGCUCAAUUAUUAGGUAAAUUAAUGUCUGGUGUUUCAAUGUGUGCUUCAUUUUUAUCUGAUGAAGAAAGAAUCUCUGCUCAAAUUAUUUCUGAUAUUAAUCCAACUCAUAUAUAUGCAGAAGCAAUUCAUGUUGGAGAAGUUAGAGGAUUUUUAAUUAAUGGUGAUACACCAAGAUUGGAGACACCUGAUCAAGUUAUAAAUAGAAAAGGUAUUUUCCAAUUUUCAAAGAUAUUAUAUGGUCAUUUAAAACCAAUUCAAAGUGUUGUAGCUGUAGAGGAAAAAGAUUUAACAAUAACAAAAGAAUUUCAACAUUAUUUUGAUCAAUCUGAACAAAUUCCAUCAUUUAUUCAAUUAGAAACUAGAUUAAAAUCAAAUAAUAAUAAUAGUAAAAGUGAUAACAAUAAUAUUGUUAUUAAUGAUGAAAUUCAACAACAAAUUCAAAUACAAGAACAACAAGGACAAGGACAAGGACAAGGACAAGGACAACAAAUUAUAAAUAGUAAUAAUGAUGUAAUUGAUAAUGAUCAAUUAGAAUUUAAUGGUGGUAUUUUAAUUCAAACAUUACCAUCAACGACUGAUGAAGAAUUGGUUCAAUUGAAAAAUAAUAUUGAAAAGCAUUCAAUUGCAGAUUUAUUUUUAAAAGAAAAGAAAUCAAUCAAAGAGAUAUUAUCAAUCCUUACAAAUAAUGAUCCAUCAGUUGAGAUUAUUUCAACCAUUUUCGUAGAUUUCUAUUGUCGUUGUACUUUGAAAACUUUUAAAGAUAAAAUUCUAACUUUAGGCAUCAACGAAAUUAAACAUCUUGAAGAACAUAAUCAUAAUGAAUUAAAAUGUAUCUAUUGUAAUCGUUAUCAUUAUUUAAAGGAUACUGAUUUCAAAGAAAUGAUUAAUCAUUUAGAACAAGAUAAAGAACAAAAAUUAAAAGUUUUAAAAGAAAUGGAACAAGAACAAGAACAAGAAGUGCAACAACAAAAUAAUCAUACUGAAAAAAUAAAUGAUGAAACUAAAAAAGAAUAA